GGAAGAGCCUAGAGCUGUAGAAAAGAUUAUUUGCUAAAUCAUACAUUACUAAAAGAGGCAAGUCAUCAAAGGCAACGACUUGAAGUCCUGGACACCCUUGGGCCAACCACCAUAUUGCAAAUACUCACUAGUACUCACUGUCGACAGUCACCCUAGUCAUGGCAGAUAUUGGCUCCAUACAAACAGCGGUGGCGAGCACGACGGAUGUACUGAACUCUGCAAACAGCCUGCUCACGUCCCAUCGGCAGCUACUCACACACGUGCGUAAUUCACAGCGGGCACAUCGACGUCGGCUUCGUGCUCUUGCAACUGCGCCCAGCGAUCUGUUAAAUUUCCCAUUAAUCGAUUCUCCUGCACCGUCACCACUGCAUUCUCCACCGUCAUCGCCUCAACUCGCUCCUCGUCCCCGUCCACAACGCCAAGAUCUCCAUCCUGCAAAACGUGCGAGGGUCGCCCGCUACGCAAAUUAUGUUCCAGAAGAAGAAACAAUCCGCAACGACUACUCGCAGCGGUACGUCGACAGUGGUGAGUGGCCGCAAAAUCGGGUUCUGGGUGCGGAGCCUUCCCGCCGUUUUGAGGAAUACCCGAAGCAGCAGCGCUUGCUCAGCCUGAAAAAGGAAUCUGUUGAUGCGCAUGCUACACCUCCAUUUUUCCUUCCUUUCUCCCACAUCUCUUCAUUACAUCCCCAAAAGUUCGAUGUCAUCCUCCUAGACCCCCCAUUCUCCUCAUCUUUUGGCUGGGACGAUCUCCAAGCUCUUCCUGUGCCUUCUCUUGCCGCAGACCCUUCGUUUGUGUUCAUGUGGGUAGGUAGUGGCGCAGGAGAAGGUCUCGAGCGUGGUCGCGAGGUCCUCGCUAAGUGGGGCUACCGCAGGUGUGAGGAUGUUGUCUGGGUAAAAACCAACAAUACUACCAAUCGCGGGCCAGGGACAGAUCCACCUACUACUUCUCUUUUGACCCGCACCAAACAACAUUGCCUCAUGGGUAUCCGCGGCACGGUACGUCGCUCAACUGACAGCUGGUUUGUUCACUGCAACGUUGAUACCGACGUCAUCAUCUGGGAAGGGGAUACAGCCGAUCCGAUGCGCAAACCACCCGAAAUGUAUACCCUUAUAGAAAAUUUUUGUCUCGGCACACGCCGUCUUGAGCUUUUUGGGCGGGCACGCUCGUCCCUCCGCCGCGGGUGGGUCACAGUGCUGACUGCAAGCGAUGAAGCCAAGGUGGGGGAGCAUGCGCGGACUGCAGAGGGUGAUGUUGUGUACUCAUGGAACAAGGAUUCAUGGGAGGAAGCGACUCGACACCUGGCUUCACUCACAGGGGGGAAGUUCGUCGUGCCAAAUUCACAAGAAAUUGACGCUCUCCGGCCUAAAUCCCCUAUGCGUUCUGGCAAUUCAGGUGUAAGUGGAGGAGUUGGGGUCGCGAUCAGCGGUGGCGUAGGUGUAGGUGUAGGGAGUGCUGGAGUGGGUAUGAAUGUGGCAAAUAUGAACGCCGAUCCCAACAUGAGUAUUCAACAUGUCCGGCGUCCGCCUUCACAAAAUCAAAUGAUGGUGUCUCCAAUGAUGGGGAUGGGAAUGCCGAUGGACAUGGGUAUGGGCAUUGGAAAUAUGAUGGGGAUGGGGAUGGGGAACAUGGGAAUGAUGGGGAUGGGGAACAUGGGAGUAUUGGGAAUGGGAGACAUGCCUGGCGCUGCAUUCCAAUGGGUAGGUGAUGGUGAUCGAAUGUGGGAGGAUGGAAUGAUGGCUGGUAUGGGCAUGGGUGGUGGGAUGGGGAUGGGGAAUGCGGGAAUGGGUGUAGGAGGUCCAGGUAUGGGUAUGGGUAUGGGAAACACGAGGAUGGGUAUGGGCGGUAUGGGAAUGCAUGGCCAGUGGGGUCAAGGGUACGAUGGGUUCCAGUGAGGCCCAAUCUUGUACGCACAGUGUUGGAGUUAUGCAGGUCACUCUGGACGUACACAUACUUACUGUAUCAUAUACUAUGUCAUAUCUUGCAUUCGUGGUCGCCUCUAUUUAGUAUUUACAAAUUAUAGUGGAUGUAUUCAUCCAUGUAAUCUCAUUGAGAGCAGAUAGCACGUUCUACAGUAUAUGCAACGGGUUUAGUAGAUUUCAG